UUGUGCAAAUAAAACUCUUGACACUGUUUGCCAGAUGUUUAGCUCUUUUUCCACACGAGUGAAGGGCCCCUCAAAACAGUGUCAACGCCAACUCAACUUCGCAGACGCCGCCAGUUUUCUGGCAUUUCUCUCUCCCAGUCAGCUGUCGCCGGAAUAAUCACUCUCCGUUCUUUUUAGCCGGAGAGUUUGUGAUCGGAGGGAGAAUUAGGACCAGAAUAUAGUCUAGUAUAAUGAAGGAGGAUUUGUGUAUGGACAUUGAUCCUCCUCCGUUCAAGGAGAACAUCCUCGCUACGGCAGAAGAUUGGCGAAAGGCGCUUGACAAAGUAGUUCCUGCCGUCGUCGUGCUCCGAACCACCGCUUGCCGAGCUUUUGAUACCGAAUCUGCCGGUGUCAGUUCCGCUACGGGCUUUGUUGUUGAUAAGCGUCGCGGAAUUAUACUCACGAAUCGUCAUGUUGUUAAACCUGGACCUGUGGUGACGGAAGCUAUGUUUGUGAACCGUGAAGAAAUACCAGUUUACCCCAUAUACAGGGACCCUGUUCAUGAUUUUGGCUUCUUUCGCUAUGACCCUGGUGCAAUACAAUUCUUGAGCUAUGAAGAGAUUCCUCUUGCUCCUGAUGCUGCCGCUGUGGGUGUAGAAAUCAGGGUUGUUGGUAAUGACAGCGGCGAGAAGGUGUCUAUUUUGGCCGGUACCCUUGCUCGAUUAGAUAGAGAUGCNUGUGACUAA